AUGAACAAGCUCUCUCUUGCUCUGGCUCUGGCCACCACUGCCAACGCCGCUUGGAUUCCUAUCGGGCACGGCCCAUCCAGCAACGACAACACUGUUCCUACUGGCACUGUUGCAAUCGCCAUUCCCACCAUCGCGGAUCCUGAUGCAAUUCGCCCCACUGGCAGUGUUCCCAUUGCUAUCCCUACUAUCAUCGUUUCUGAGGACCUCACCGUGACCUACCAGAAGCCUGAUAACUCUCUUCUUACUCCAACUGAAGAUGUCACCAUGACCUACCAGAAGCCUGAUAACUCUCUCAUUACUGUCACUGAGGAUAUCACCAGGACCUACCAGACGCCUGACAACUCUCUUCUUACUCCAACUGAAGAUGUCACCAAGACCUUUGAGCGACCCGUUCCUCCUAUUUAUACCCUCUCUACUAAGACUUACGAGAAGCCAGCUCCUCCUAUUUACACCCUCUCUACUAAGACCUACGAGGCACCAAUCAGGACUGUCACCUCUGUCAUCCAUGUGCCUGGACCUUGCAACACAAACUCAUGCCAUCCAAGCUACACCACUAAGACGGUUGUUGCUCCCGUUCCCUCUAGCACCAGCGGAUGCAGCCCCGUUCGUCCCAGCCUGUGUCCUCCAGUUCUUUUGCCUCAUCCCAUCCCCUCUCAUGUUCAUCGACCUCCCGUGCCCGCCCCCACUGGCCACGAGAAGCCCUCUUUCCCCAACACCACUUAUCCCGAUCCUCGACCUAUUGACGGCAAGUUCUGGUCAAUCAAGAACAUGACCCGAUACUGUGGUGAAGACGAGAAGGGUUGCGACUACAACUUUGCCAUUGAGGCUGACGGCAAGACUGAGAACUGCACCAUUGUCCGCCAUCCUGGAUCCGAUGCUGCUACCGAGAGCUGGACCAACGUGCCUUGCAACGACAAGUCUGAGUUCACUGUUUCUUGGGGUUAUGUCACUGAGCCCGCGCCCGCCUUUGCUGUUGUUACCGUGGUCAAGGGCAAGAUCCUUGCAUGGUUUGGUGUUGCUGAUAUCAAUGGCCAGAAGGUUACUGCUUCCAAUCCCUUCGGCUCUGGACAUUAUGGCAACCUUGGACCUGACCAGGUCUACACUUAUUAA